CGCUUCCUGUCCCUUGCCUUCUUUCAACUCCUGAAAAGUGAAAACACAUGAAAGAGGAGUAGAGAAAACGAACCAUAAGUACCGCCCAAAUGUACAUAUUUCCAGAUAUCGUCCAAUAUUGCCAUAAUUCCUAUAAAGUCUUAACAGAUUUAUUCAGGAGUUGAAGAAUUUUGGGGAUUGGAGUGGAAAUUUCAUAGAAAUUAUGUCACUGUUAUUUUAUGAUUUGCAAAUCUGGGUAAUCACUUGAUGUUGUCUCAAAAAUAUGGGGUAUUAAAAACAGUGAAAGGCAGAGCAUAAGGCAGCGUAAAGAGACAGACAUAUUGGCCUUAAUUUAUUUAUUUAUUUUCGGAUUUUCCCACCACGAUAUGGCCCCUCGUUAGGUCGAUCUCGGGAACACUUGCAGGAACAUGUUAAGAGUCUUGGAACUUGGCCACAUCCCCAGUCCCUCUAAACCCAAAAAACUAAUUUUCUAUUUAGUCAUCUGUGUCCCUACCCGCAGGGUGCGAUGAGAGGAAGCCCACCACAUCAACCCACCGGCAUCACUCUGCUAUGCGCGGGGAGAGAUUAGAGAUCGUAGAUCUAGAGAGAGAAAAAAGUGCUUGAGUUUUAGUGUAAUGGAUAAAAGCUGCCAGUCCUCUGCGGACUCCUCUACCGCCACGGCCACGCCCAGUAGCAGCAAUGGCACCAUCUCUUCUCAUAAUCUCAGGCACCUCAACAAGCUUUCUCACAAGAUCUCCAAGCCCUCCCUCAGAAAACCUUCCUCUGAUUCUUCUCUCACUGAGCCCCAAAACCACAAGCUCAAUCACGGCCAGCCCCAACCCGCGGCUCAGCCGCAAGCGCAGCAUCAGCCUCCUGUCUACAACAUCAACAAGAACGACUUCAGGGAUGUAGUCCAGAAGCUCACGGGUUCACCUGCUCACGAGCGCAUCUCCACUCCGCCUCCUAUUCAACAGCCCAAGCCUCCUAGCUCUCGCCUUCAGCGCAUACGCCCUCCUCCGCUCGCGCAGAUUGGCAAUCGCCCACCUCCGUUGCUAGGCGGCGCUAUUCACCGGCCCCAACCGCCUCCGGUUAGCGCCGCUUCGGCCUCGACAGGCAACCCCAUUAACGCUGGUUCCGGAGCUAAUUUCUCUGACUUUGCGAGACCGCUUCCGCCGUUAUCACCUCUGCCACCUUUUCCGUCUGUCCACGCAGAAUCUCCUGUUUCCGCUUAUAUGCGCUAUCUCCAGAAUUCCACGUCCAACAUGGAUUGGAAUCCCAAGCAGUUCUCGGGUUUUCCGCCAUUAGCUCCUCCAGCCUCGCCUCGCUGGAACAAUAUCGCCACACAACAGCCUCAGCCGGCGCCUCAAUCGCAGGUCACGCCGAUGCAGCAGGGGGUGAUUCCUUCACAAGCCUCAACAAAUGCGCUGGCGCAACCGCAGUUUCAGACGCCGUCUCUGCCAGCCCCUUUCGGAUGCUUGAAUUCGCCGAGAUCGCCCUACCCUUUGCUUUCCCCAUGUCUUCUGUUUUCGCCUUCGUCGGGUCAACUAGUGUUUCCUCAGCUGCCCCUCUCGCCGACGGUGCCCGUUCCAAGCCCAAAAUGGAGAGAAUGUUGUUUGUUUGAUGUUUAGGAUUUGGUUUGCGGGUUUUGUACAUGGUUUUAGGUCGGAAGGAAUCAGGUUCAUUCAAUUUGUAGUGGUUGGACUGAUGAUACAAGUCCCUUCACUACUUAGUAGUUUUAUUCUGUAUAUGCAUACCAAAGACACGAGGUGGGAACAUUUUUUUGUAUAUGGUUUUGCUGCUUAGGUCUACUGGGCGAUAGGAAAUAUGGUUAGCUAUAAAAUUAUGAUUUUAGGGGGAUGCCACUGCUCUCAUUUCGAAUAUUUUCCGGCUGUAAGGUUAUUUCCUAGUUUCUCAUAUCACUUCCAUUGAGUUGCGCGUACAGCUGAACGUCGUGGCACUCUCUGUCUUUGCUUGUCAGUAGACAAGACACAACUAAUUGUGUGAAAAUAUAUAAUUUGUUGUCA